AUCAAGUUUUUGAAACAACAACAGAUUGAUUUCUAAAACAACUCUUAAGGUCUUCUUCUUCGCUCUCUCUUCUUCUUAUCCUCAAAAUCUUUCCCCUUUUCUUGCUCCUUAACGUUUCCAAAGUCUUUAUCAGAUUACUUCUUCGAGACCCUUAAUUCUUUUUUCUGGGUUUUUAAUAUCUUCUAAUUCUUUUCAAUUUCAACACAAAUUUGUUGCUUUUAGAGUCUCUCCACCAUUAUGAGGAAAAACGGUGACGGUUCUUCUUCGAAGUCGCCUGACGGAGUUAUGUCGCGAUCAGCUCGGAGUUCGUUUCGUGCUUUGUCUAAUUGCCUUAAGGUGAUUUCAUCUGGUGCUUCUACGGUUGCUCGCUCCGCCGUAUCAGCUGCUUCUUCCGCCGUUAGGGACGUUGAUUCUCAUCACGAUCAGGUACUAUGGGCGGGGUUUGAUAAUCUACAGAAAGAAGAUGGAGAUACUCGAAGAGUUCUUCUACUAGCAUUUAAGUCUGGAUUUCAAGUUUGGGAUGUUGAAGAUACAGAGAAUGUUCACGUUAUAGUUUCUACACAUGAUGGACAAGCGUUCUUUAUGCAAAUGCUACUGAAUCCAAUAAAGUCUGGAGCUUUAGAUGACAGAUUUUAUAAGAGCCGUCCUCUUUUGGCUGUGUGUGGUGAUUCUUGGGAAGAACAUUCAAGUAAAAAGAUCAGUUCUGAUAAUUCCGGAAGUGAAACCGUGGCUACUCCUACUAAUGUCUAUGUCUACUCGUUAAAGUCUCAGUCUUAUGUGCAUACGAUGAAAUUCCGGGCUACCAUUUAUUCGGUUAGGUGCUGUUCUCGGAUUGUUGCUGUACAACAAGCAGCUCAGAUAGAUUGCUUUGAUGCUGCAACACUGGAAAUGGAUUACAGGAUUGUCACUAACUCCAUUGUGUGUGGCUCCUCGGGUGUUGGAUAUGGCCCUCUUGCAGUUGGUCCAAGAUGGAUCGCAUAUAGUGGAAGUCGUAUUGCUACCUCAAGUUCUGCAAUUUUCACUUCAGACCUUCUCUCACUGUCAUCAUCACCCAGUGUUGCACAAUUUGCAAGAGACUCGAGCAAGCAGCUCGCUUCUGGGAUAGUAAAUCUUGGAGACAAAGGGUACAAAUCAUUGACUCGAUACUGCGCAGAGGUUCUUCCCAAUCCGUAUAUUCCUGGUUUGAAAAGUAUUGGAGUUAGUAAUGAGAAUGUGCCUGAUGCAGAGAGUAUAGGAAUGGUUAUUGUCAAAGAUAUCACAAACAAAAGCGUCAUAACACAGUUUAAGGCACACAAAAGUCCGAUUUCAGCUUUGUGCUUUGACCCAAGUGGCCUGCUUUUGGUGACUGCUUCGAUUCAGGGGCACAAUAUUAACGUCUUUAGAAUAAUGCCAACAAUCUCUACUAGCAGAGCUGUGAAAAAAACGACUUUUGCCCAUCUGUUCAGGCUUCAGCGCGGUUUUACUAAUGCGGUGAUACAAGACAUCUGUUUCAGCAGUGAUAGCAAUUUGAUUGUGGUUAGUUCUUCAAGAGGGACAAGUCAUCUGUUUGAGAUUAAUCCUGAGAAAGAGGGGGAUUCUCCGGUUCCUAUGUCUGCAAUCAGUAGGAUAAGAAGCGAAAGCAGCAGCGGAUGGAUUGGGACUGUGAGCGAUGCAGCUUCUGCAGCAGCUGGAAUGGUUGGAGGCUCUGUUCCGGGUACAAUCACAUCCACUUUCUGUUACUGCGAUGAAAAGAGUAACAAUAACUACUAUGGUUCUGUGGCUGAUAUGUGCUCCAAGACAAAUCUUCUGGUUUUUGCUCCUUCUGGAUGUAUGACACAGUAUGCCUUACGGGAAAAUACGUCUGGUGCUGGUCAUGAGACUGCUGCGAUGACAGGGUUUGAUUUUGAGUCAGGUUUAGAGACUGAAGGAAAAUUAGCGGUAGAUCCAAUAAGAAAGUGGUCCAUAAUCCAAAACCGAUCUAGAAGAGAAACACAAGAUCACCACGGUGACAUAUAUGGAGGUGGAACAUCAGUGGAUUCUAAAAGUAAAGUGUUUCCGGAGGUUGUUAGAAAACAGAGUGUUGAGGAGGCUUGGAAAGUAACUAAGCAAGGAACUACCCUUGUGGAGGAUAAGCGUCAUUUGUACAUAUUUGAAGCAGAACUGCAAACGCAUCUGCCGACUCAGCUACCGUUAUGGGCAAGGCGAAAGUUUAGGUUUCAAGAAUUGGUAUUGAACCGGGGUGAAGAUAUUAGUGGUGGAGGAGGGGAGAUGGAGAUUGAAGGAAUCCAAACUCGAACUAUUGAAGCAAGAACAAGAGAUCCGGUACCAGUCUGGGGUUAUCUCCAAUCUCCAAGAUCCCAACAAGUGACAAACGAAUCAAUGCAGAGUCCAAGUACCACUACAGAAGAUGACAAAGUGGCUCCUCUGGAGGGUCAUGGAACAGAGACUGAUCUCGGGGCUGUACAUAGCGAAGAAGAGACACAAAGCGAGUCUGUAGAUAAAGAAGGUCUUGUUCUAGCCGUUGCUCUUUGCAUCACCACGUUUGUGUUCCCAACCACCGCGCAGCUCAGACCACACUUCUACAUCAAUUCUUGUCCGAGUGUGGAAGAAGUCGUGAGAAACGUCGUCCUGGAGAAGAUCAAGCAGACGCUCGUCACCAUCCCAGCAACUCUUCGCCUCUUCUUCCACGACUGCUUUGUCAACGUCGGAGGUCCAUCAUACCAAGUGGAACUAGGACGGUUUGAUGGUCUGGUAUCGACUGCGGCUAGCGUCGAAGGGAAGUUACCGGGACCUAAUGACAAUGUUAACAAACUCAGUGCUAUCUUCAAGAGAAUCAAACUUACUCUAGACGCCAUGAUCGCUCUCUCAGCACAUUGUAUAUUCAACAGAAUAUACAAUUUUAACCGUACUCACAUAGUUGACCCAACUCUAAACAAAGCCUACGCAAAAGAACUUCAAUUGGCUUGUCCCAAGAAAUUUGAUCCAAGAAUCGCAAUUAACAUUGACCCGGUAAGUCCAAGGAAGUUCGACAACAUCUACUUCAAAAAUCUGCAACAGGGCAAUGGACUCUUCACCUCCGACCAGGUUCUCUUCACCGACAACCGCACUAGACCAUUCGUUGAUGCUUGGGCUAACGACUCACUUGCCUUCAACCGCGCCUUUGUCAUCUCCAUGAGAAAACUCGGCCGCGUUGGCAUCAAAACCAGCCAGCAAGGAAACAUCCGUAGCGACUGUCGCGUGUUUAACUGACAAAUAUCAUUUUAAGUUUGUUUUCAAGCAUCAUUUUGAAGACUAGGAAAUGUUUUUGAUGUUUCUUGUUUGCCCUGCUCCUUGGUUUUUCUAAAGGGAAUAAUUAUGAGUCUUCCCA